AUGGAAAUGCUUUCGGAUGUAUUAGGCAUAGUCUCCAGCCUUCAGAAAGAAUCCAAGCAUCUGUCAAAGCAUGUGCGUUUCUUGCUUAAGCGCCGGAAGAAGCAUACUACCACCAAGAGCUCUUCCUUCCACACUCUCAUUGGCCGUUCCAAGAAAGGACAACAAUCCCACAAAGGAAUUCAAGCUGAAUCCAGCCACCAAACUUGCGACAAGGGGUGUCAAACUGAUAUUCUAGAUGAAACAUCUCAUAACAAGACGUUCUCCAUCCCUAUGGACGAAGAUGACCAGCUAAUCAAGUCUCCUGUUGUCAGCCAAUAUGGUGUACAUUUCUACGGCUCAACUUCCACAACUUCACCUACAAUUCAGAUUGCCCCUGUAACCUCUGAAAUCGGUCCGAAGCAUCCACUGCACAACCAACACUCACCUGUCCACACAUCACCACCACACUCACCUGUCCACACCUCACCACCACACAUUCCCAUCCACAACACAGAACCCCACGAUGAACCUGUCCACAACCCAAACCACAACCUAUCUCCCGUACACAACACACCUUUACACUCAGCUUCCAACCCGAAUCCAACUUCCCCCAAUUACCUGCGCACACGUUCUGUCAUAUACGAUUCUAGUGCUCACCCUAACAGCUCUGAAACCCAUCUGCCCUGCCCUGAUCCUCCUUCUUUUGGUCAACCGAGAUACGACUCUUCAAUGAGCAAAUUCUCCCCAUGUCAACUCCCUUUCACCCCCGACACGUCUCCAAACAAAAGCGAAGGUAGUCUAUCUGGUUUCAUAGGUCAUUCACGAACGAUCAACGCAUUCUCAGCCACCGCUACAUCCAUACCUUUAUUCCCCAACAUCCAGGAGGACAGCGACAUUGUCGAACUCAGUGAAGGAUCUCCAGAAAGACCUCGCCAACGACAUGUUCCCUCACGGGAGGAGAACCAACUUGCAGGUGAACUCAACCGCGUUAAUACUAUUCCAGCAGUUGACCUUAUCGCCCCACUACCUCAGAUCCAGUGGGAUAUUUUCCAAAGAAUAAUGGCCAACCACAAGAAUGUGUUUCACAUAACACCUUCACAUUUUGAGUUUACCAACAACUUCCUCCUCCAACUAGCACAGCCCCAGCACUGGACAUCAGCUUAUCUGGAAUUUACUUGUGACGAGUGUUCUUGGACAGAUGAACAAAAUAUAUUCUUCUGGACAAACAACUCCUGUGGACGGGGACUGAAUACAAGUGCUGAUGACAUUUUGAUAUAUAACCGAACACAAUAUAAACCAACACAAUUGAAUACCGGUGUGGACAGGUUCAAUCCAAACCAGACCAAAUUCGAUUUCUUGGACACAAUUGAAUACCGGUGUGGACAGGGCUCUCAAUUUUCAAGUUCAGCAAAUCGGCGGCUCAAAACUUCUUACGACGACCAAAGGAUGAGCAGCUCCUCCUCCUCCUCCUCACGACAAGGAGGCCGCAGGCAAGUUCACGGAGUCCCCACUAAAUGUUGGUGUGGUCAAUCCCUCGAUACAUGGGUCUCCGACACAAAGGAGAAUCCUGGACGCAGAUUCUACAGAUGCCGAAUUGCCCUUCAGAAGAAAACAGAGAGCCAUCUCUUCAAAUGGAUAGAGGAAAACCUUCUCGACGAGAUUCGAAUGGUAGAUGCAAAGCGAAUGGAUCUACUCAGCGACUUCCAAGCACUUACGCUUCAAACAAAAGCUCAACUCGAUUCUCAGAGAAAUUGGAUUGGAAGUCGUGAGGAACAGCUCAAGAACGAAAUCACAGAGAAAAUGAUGCAGCUUUCUAGAUCCAUCGACGAGUCAACAAAGAAGAUGACUGAACAAAUUCAGGCAGAGAUCCACUGUCCCAACAACAGGACGCUACACACUGACAGCCCCCUCUUUAAGACUGCAGCACUUGUCGCCAUCGGCGGAGCCAUGUCUUACCUCUUUUGGAAGAUGGGUUAA